AAACGCCUCUGACCUAUGAGUGCCACCCCGGUCGCGCCUGCCAUCCCAACGCUCGUUGGGUCGCUUGCCUUGCCGCCGCCACCGCCGCCAUCAACGACGAAGCGAACCCUCGACGACGUAGAGUCGAGGCAGUCAGCGCCAAAGAAGCGUCGCAGUCUGUCGAAAGCAGGACUGACGGAGGAACAUCAACUCGAGCUGUUCUUGGGCAAGAUCAAACGGCAGAUUCACGAAAAGUUUGGCAUCGAACAUGUGCAAAUGUGCCAUGAAGGGCGAAACGUGACGAUUUCGUGCUGGCAGUGCGGCAAGCAGAUCAAAAUCGCGACAGGACAUGUGCACCUGCGAAGCAUGAAUUCGCAUUUGGAAAGAUGCAAGGGCAGCGCCGCGAUGAUGCCAAAGCCAGGUGAGGUUGAGGAGCAGGCGAAAAAGGGGGGACGGAGGUCAAGCAAGAAAGCGUUGUCCGAAGAGAACUUGAGCAUCCUGUUCUUGGAGAACGCUCGACGACAGCUCAAGGAGAAGUUUGACGUCGAAAACGUUACGAUGGUUCACAAGGGGCGCAACGUGUGCAUCUCGUGCUGGAAGUGCGGGAAGGCGGUCAAAAUUGCAGGUGGGCGCCUCAACUUGUCCAACUUGAAGGCGCAUCUGGACCGCUGCAAACCAUCGAAGAAGCCCAAACGCGUGCUGCCGGCGCAGCCAGCGUCCGUGAAUACAUUCCUGUGUGCCGGUCUUACGUCGGACGAGAUCCGCAACUAUUGUUCCAACGCCAUGCGCAUGUUUGGGGGGUGCCAGCGCCGCGAGGAGAUCCUGAAGCAACUGUUCAACAUUCGGUCGUUCAAAAACUUGACGGAGGAGCAGCUCGAGGUUUUUCAAAAGUAUGAAUUCGCCACGCGCAAAUGGAACAUCGUCGGGACAACCGUGUUUAGCGUCGACUGCACCAAGGUGUCGGCGAUCGGCAAGACGUGCCACGAGUGUCUCUCGCUCUACCGCAACAAGAAUUUCGUCAACACCCUGUGCAAGUACCGAUCGCGCGCGCAGAAGCUUGCUGACGGCGUCAUCAACGAAAACUACGUCAAGUACAUCCCGCGCAUGUACGUCCAGCACCCCGGCGCCAAGCUCGCUCAGUCGUUUGAAAACCAUCGGUUCAAGACGGUCAUUUAGUUGACCGGUGGUUGCUCCGAAUGAAGUGUGUGUAUGAACAACAGCAUGACCAGAAUGCAUUCAUGAGGCACAUGCAAUUGGAUGGGGGUCCAGCACAGGCCAUGCUGGCAGCGGUCGGAUAGAAUGAGAUGUCCUGCAAACACGCGAAGUUUCGACAUCGUGCUGCAACUUGAGAUAGCGUCCCAAAGAGCCUUCAAGUCACUUUGCAA